CACCACAGCGCUUCUGAUGGACAGCAGAGCUGGCACUCUUUAACCCCACCAUCGCAUCGCACCGCUCCCCAUUUCCGCCAUGGCAGCGGCCGACAGCACGACCUCCCUGCCAGGCGCCGACUUCUUCCUGAAGGGAGAAAGUGGGCGCAACACGCGAGGCCUGCUGCGAUUCCUCAUCCUGCUCACCAUUGCCGCUGCAGCUGUCGCCGCUCGACUCUUCUCCGUCAUCCGAUUUGAGAGCAUCAUUCACGAAUUCGAUCCGUGGUUCAACUUCCGCGCAACAAAAUAUCUCGUCGCCAAUGGCUUCUACAACUUCUGGGAUUGGUUUGACGACCGAACAUGGCAUCCUCUGGGUCGUGUCACCGGUGGCACGCUCUACCCAGGCCUCAUGGUCACCUCCGGCGUCAUCUACCACAUCCUUCGAUUCCUCACCCUUCCCGUCGACAUUCGAAACAUUUGCGUCUUGCUCGCACCCGGCUUCUCCGGCUUGACGGCAUUCGCAUCCUACCUCUUCACCUCCGAAAUGAGCGACAGCCCCUCGGCCGGUCUUCUGGCAGCAAUCUUCAUGGGCAUUGCACCUGGCUAUAUCAGCAGAAGUGUUGCGGGUUCAUACGAUAACGAGGCUAUUGCCAUCUUCCUCCUCGUCUUCACCUUCUACUUGUGGAUCAAGGCAGUCAAAGUCGGUAGCAUUAUGUGGGCUGGACUUUGCGCACUGUUCUACGGAUACAUGGUCAGCGCUUGGGGUGGAUACGUCUUCAUCACAAACUUGCUGCCACUGCACGCGUUCGUUCUGAUCCUCAUGGGACGCUUCAGCCCGCGCUUGUACGUGAGCUACACAACUUGGUAUGCUCUGGGCACGUUGGCCAGCAUGCAGAUUCCUUUCGUUGGAUUCUUGCCGGUCAGGAGCAGUGACCACAUGGCAGCCCUUGGAAUCUUCGGCCUCAUCCAGCUGGUUGCAUUCGCCUACUACAUCCGAGCUCAGCUCCCGUCGAAGCAGUUCCAGACGCUGCUCUGGGCUUCGGUCUUCAUCGUGUUCGGUCUGGCAUUUGGCGGCCUGGUCCUGCUUACAGUCUCGGGCACCAUCGCACCAUGGAGCGGACGUUUCUACUCACUUUGGGACACUGGCUACGCAAAGAUUCACAUUCCCAUCAUUGCAUCGGUGUCUGAGCAUCAGCCUACCGCGUGGCCAGCUUUCUUCUUCGAUUUGAACAUGCUGAUCUGGUUGUUUCCAGCUGGUGUCUACAUGUGCUUCCGCACGCUCAAGGAUGAGCAGGUCUUCGUUGUCAUCUACGCGGUCCUGGCCAGCUACUUCGCCGGAGUCAUGGUCCGUCUGAUGCUCACGUUGACCCCAAUUGUCUGUGUGUCAGCAGCCAUUGCGCUCAGCCAGAUCCUGGACACGUUCCUCAUCGCUUCUCAACCUGAAGAGCCAGCUGAGUCAAAGACCAAUGGUAGCGCCAAAGGACCUUCGAAGGAGAAGGACACGCUCGCUUCUGUCCUUCCCGAGGCACUCCGCGCCACGAAGGCCCCUCUGGUGGGUAUCUACAGCUACCUGUCCAAGUCACUGAUCACUGGAUUCAUCACCACUUAUCUUCUCCUCUUUGUGCUCCACUGCACUUGGGUGACAUCGAACGCAUACUCCUCGCCAUCCGUGGUGCUGGCCUCGAGGUUGCCCGAUGGAAGCCAGCACAUCAUCGAUGACUACCGUGAGGCUUACUACUGGUUGCGUCAAAACACCAAGCAGGACGCCAAGGUCAUGAGUUGGUGGGAUUAUGGCUACCAGAUUGGUGGUAUGGCUGACAGGCCGACACUCGUCGACAACAACACUUGGAACAACACACACAUUGCCACUGUUGGCAAGGCCAUGUCGAGCAGAGAAGAGGUUUCUUAUCCUAUCAUGAAGCAACAUGAGGUUGACUACGUCUUGGUCGUCUUCGGUGGUCUUCUCGGAUACUCUGGCGAUGACAUCAACAAGUUCUUGUGGAUGGUCAGAAUCGCAGAAGGUAUCUGGCCGGACGAGGUCAAGGAACGUGAUUUCUUCACCGCUCGUGGCGAGUACCGAGUUGAUGAGGAGGCUACGCCAACAAUGAAGAACUCGCUCAUGUACAAGAUGAGCUACUACAACUACAACUCCCUGUUCCCAGCAGGACAGGCCACUGACAGAGUACGUGGAGCUCGUUUGCCCGCAACCGGGCCAGAGCUUUCCACGCUCGAGGAAGCAUUUACCAGUGAGAACUGGAUCAUCCGAAUUUACAAGGUCAAGGACUAUGACAACCUUGGCAGAAGUCACCAGGAAGCAGUUGCCUUUGACAAGGGCAACAAGAGAAAGAAAGCAGGCAAGCGCAAAGGACCGCGCGUCUUGCGGGUUGACUAGACAUAUCAAAAGCAAUCCUGUAUCUUGUAGAGUAUUCAAUAGAAACAGUCAGUCAGUCUGCACACUUCCGCCUUGCCAAGCAACCCGAGGCCCCUGCAUGGAUUGGACUUUCAC